GCUGUGAGGAACUCAGAGACACGGUUUCUGAAACUGCGCAGUUUUUUUAGAGGAAGAUGGAGAACCCACUUCUCUUAUUCCCCCAACUCAACAUUUCUGCUUCAAAGGAUAAAUCCUAUUACAAAGUCGUGAAGCCAGCAAUUAAAGAAGAGCACCAUAAAGCAAGCAAGCCUGGAGCUAAGCAGAAGAGAAAUAGGCUGAGCCUUCUGCUGCAGAAAUCUGAAUUCCAUGAAGGUGAUCAUCUUGGUAAACCUGGAAACUUGACAAAAGCAGCAAGUGUGUCUCCUGAAGAAGCAGUGAAAUGGGGAGAAUCUUUUGACAAACUUCUUUCUGAGAAAGCCGGAUUGGAUGCCUUUACGAAGUUUCUGAAAACUGAGUUCAGCGAGGAGAACAUCGAGUUCUGGAUAGCUUGCGAGGAUUACAAGAAGAGCAAAACUGCACAUGAGCUUUUGCCAAAAGCUAAAACUAUUUAUGAAACAUUCAUACGGAAGGAUGCUCCAAAAGAGGUGAAUUUGGACUUUCAAACCAAAGAAGUCACAAGUCAGAGUAUUGAACAGCCCAUCAUCACCACCUUUGAUGCAGCACAGAACACAGUCUACAGGCUGAUGGAGCAAGACAGCUACCCACGCUUCCUGAGAUCUGAUCCUUAUCUAAAUCUGGUUAAGGGGAGGAAUCCCAGCCGUCCUGGUCUUAGGAGACGAUCCCGGUCUUUUACUGUCAAUGAUUUCCAGGGUGUACGACCAGACUUUACCGUUUGGUAACAGGGA